AUGGAACCAGAUCUGGUUCAUGUUGUUAUGUACCCUGUUAUUAGCUACGACAUUCAUCGAAAUGAGUGGGCCGAUGUGGCACCGAUGAAUGCACGCCGAUGUGGGGUAUCUGUCUCCUUUCUUAAUCGUGGUUCUUUAUACGCUGUCGGAGGAUCAGACGAAACAUCCGUAAUAACUUCGCUAGACUCACGAGAGGGUAAAUGGGAGUACGUCUGUCCGAUGUCAACACAACGAAAAUAUUUGGGAACUGCAGUGAUCGAUGACUGCUUGUACGCAGUUGGAGGACGAGAUGGCUCCAACUGCCCACUGAGUUCGGUAGAGAAAUAUGACCCACGCAAUAAUAAAUGGACACCAUUGGCUCCGAUGAACAACGCACGAUCUGGUGUGCCACUAGCCUCUGUCGUGAGUAAGCAACUGUACGCAGUGGGUGGAUUUGACGGCAUUGCCUAUCUUGAUACUGUUGAAGUGUUUGAUCUUGAGGAAGAAUCAGUGGAAAGCACCACAGUCGCUUGA